AACCCUGCAUACCAGUAAAUUUGUCGCAGAAAUUAUUUUUAAAUAAACUUUAUUUGAUGAAAUUCUGGUUUGAAUUGAGUCCCUGAGUUGGUUUAAGUUUUGAGUCCAUUCGCAGAUCUCUUUUAUGAAGUUUGGCUGAGCUGUGCUUGAUGUAUACCAAAGAGACAUUUAACGAAAAAGGUACGGUAUUAAAUACAACUACAGUACAAGAGGUUUAACACGAUGGUAAGAAUAUGUUACAUACCGGGAUGCCGUACCAAUCGGGAUUUUUACGAAGGUAUUCCGAUGUUUCCGUUUCCGCGAGACCACCCGGAGCAGAUGGCUGCCUGGGUGCGGAUCUGCAAACGGCCUGUUGGGUACGAUCCUCCAGUCAGCGCGACGAUCUGCGGGAAACACUUUGAACCCGACCUGAUUAUCAAAGACGACUGGCAGUGGCGUUCUUUGGGCAAAUUGAGAGUGGAAGCCUUGCCAACGCUAAAUCUCGAUUACUUACCACAAAUAAGUAAAAAAAUCAAUGAUAACGAAAAUCUCGGUGAACCAAAAACAAAGCUCGAACGGACUGAAAAUUAUCAAAAAGAACAACGGAAACAGAGAGGAAAAUCCAAAGCGAGAAAAAUUAAAAAAGGAAAACGACUUCAGAAAAAGUCUUCAGAGGAAGCCAUAUCGAGUGACAACGAAGCUGAAAGUAGGGAUAUAGGGGUUACAAAGUACAAAAGAACCAAAAUCAGUCACAAGGAUAAUUUCACCCAAGUCAUGAAGAUGAGAACUAACCAAAUCGAAUCUUCCAUUGAACAAGUUGUAGUUUCUCACGAAAAUGAUAAUGGUGUAAUAUUCGAAGUUGAAGCAGUAAAUUACAAUUUGGACACUUUUUGUCGACUUUGUUGUGUAAAAUACGAAAACGACACCAAUCGUAGUUUGAAUGAAUUAGGUGAAGACGAGGCUGUAUCAUAUAUACUGAAAGUUUGUUUAGUUGAAUCUUCAUUGUUGGAUCCCAUUGAGCAUAUUUGUGGGAAAUGCUACGAUGAAUUCACUUCUUUCCUGCAGUUUAUUAAAAUUUGUCAAAAUAGUCAGUUGAAUUUAUUGUUGCAAAUAAGCCAAGCAACGGCAAAAUCCGAAGAAGAGAACUUAUCUCAAUCAUCAAGUGCAAGCGAAAAGGAACACAGCGACGAAGAUGAACCUCAAAAUUUAACUGUAAAGAUAGAGAUGGACUAUGUCGGAACGGAUGACGGUUAUAUGAUACCUUCUUCAGAAACGGAAAAUGAAAUCAAAAUCUCCGACCCUGAAGAUAACGAAACCGAAGAAAUGGAAAGCGCUCGAAAAAUUCGAUACAUUGAUCGCUUGGUGGCGAAACUUGAUUCGGAAAAGCGUUCGAAGAAAAAUCCUCCGCCUCCGCGAGAUUAUGAUUGCAUAGAUUGCGGUGCACAAUUUAAUCGUGUUUGGAUUCUCAAACGACACAGAAAAGAGUGUGAAAAAAUUGGUAGUCCCGAUUCGUUAAAGACACGCUCAUAUGUAUGUUCACUUUGCAGCAAAACCGUAUCGAGCCUCGCCGGAUAUCGGUACCAUCUGUGGUCAAUUCACCGAGGAUUGAUACAGACGAAUGGCAACAACGAACACCUACCGGAGGAAUUGAGGAAACUUCACGCACGGCGAUCAGUAAGAUGCCCAUUGUGCGAAGAUACAUUUGAAAUAAAGUACGAUCUCCGAUAUCACCUGAUGAAUCACAGGCGAAUGCAGCAGCAGGGUGGGUCGACCAAUCUGUCCAAAUCAUCGGAUGAAUUCUCUGGCUCAACGGUUUGCACCAUAUGCGGUAAAAAUUCUUCCAGUCCUGCUGCACUUCGAAUUCACAUGAGAUUUCAUAUGAAACAGAAGGAUUUCAAGUGCGAUCAAUGUGACAAAUGUUUCUAUCUGCGGACCGAGCUGCGAAAUCACGUGAGGCAGAUACAUGAAAACAUUAUAACCGUUUACGAGUGUGAUGUGUGCAACAAAAAAUUGACUAGCAGAUCGAAAUUGACCGAUCACAAACGAUUGCACGAAGUAUCGAAGCUCAAACAGUGCCCCCACUGUCCGAAAAGGUACACCAAUAAUGGGGGCCUAAAAUUUCACAUCAACAAACAUCACGGUCCACAAAAUACGAAAGGCCCAGGCGCACCUGUUCAGGGACCAGAAUCUAAAAGCGAUGACAAGACGGCUAACACGACACAGAGUUACGAGCAGAUGCUGACCGGGCUGUACGGAAUAUUUUAAGGACGACUGUCGAUGUUUUUUUUUUUUUGAGAAUUGUUAGAUGAAUCAUCUAUAAAAUUUGUCACUUUAAUUUUUAAUUCAAUAAUAAAUCCAUGAAACCUCCCUUGAAAAUUGAAACGGUAUUACCAAAUUGAUCAGUAAAAACGCCUUUUUACAGUUCGUGUAAAAAUAAACACGAAAUCAUCUUAUUUCGACAUAACUCAACAACGUGAGAUGGUUAGGAGGCUUAGUGAUAUGAUAGGAUCGAUUGGAAUGGUUGAAAGUUUCAACUUGAAACAUGAAUUUCAACUGGCCUCGCUUUUAAAACCUCCUCUUAGAACUGUAGAUUUUUCAUGCUAACUUUUACGCGAACUGUAAUUAGGCCUUGAGGUUAUGAUGUUGCUCAAAUCAAAUCCAAGACGGUAAUCCAAAUGCCCUCCUGCGAAUAUGUGAUGAAUCUUUUGUGUAGAAAAAGCAAAUUGAGAAACACGUUUUCAAAGUUUUGUUUUUCGUGUAUUUUGCACAUGUGACAUUUGGGUUUUUAAGAUAAUGUAGCGUGAAAGGAAUUGUUACCGGAAGGUUCAAAUUUGUAAGAAACUUAAAAUUUGGUUGUUCUGAAUUAAAAUAACUUGAUUUUUUUUUAAAGAUUCAGUCAAUAGUUGAAUAACACAUCGAUAGAAUGGUAAGGUUUUUGAAACAGACAAUGUGAAUAUCACUCGGCAGAUGCUAGAAAGCCGAUUUCGAAAUUCAAAUUUAAUAAUCUAUCUAGCUUACCUGAUUACACAGUUUGUUACCCUUUUUCAGCGCGUUUCAAGGUAGCAGGGUGACUUUUAUGCUCUGAUUCCUUCAGUCUUCAUAUCCAAAUUCACUUCAAAAAAUUGUGAAAUCAGAAGCCGAUGUACCCAUCGUAGUGGCAUCAACAUCGAUUUGUUUGUCUUCCUUUAAAAUAUCACAGCCAACACCUCCCUUCACCGGUUCCGGUAUCAAGCUGUGAUGUUUGUUGAUGUGAUACUUCAGGGCUGAGUUCUGGGUGUAAGCCUUAGGGCAGUAUGGACACCGCCUAAGAGCUGAUUCAUCGUGCAACCGCUUAUGAUUGACUAACAGUUUCUUGGCCGCUAGCACCUUGCCGCAGAUAU